CUUGGUACGCUCACCAACUCCAUCGAUCUGUUUUCUGUGAACAAUCUCCACAAGUAUUACUAAUAUUGAAUCGUUAAUAGAGACGUUUCUAACUACCAAUGGUGCGUGGUUUGAUGUGAUAUAUUUUUGUUCCGAGUUUCUGCCUGUUUAUUGUAUAGAUUAUUCUGGUGUAAAAAUUACAAAAUUGAUUACUUAUGUACUUAUAUAACGCUUGCUUAAAAUAUAAUUUUCCUUACUUAAAAAUCUUUGCAUGUGGAAUAGUCGUGAGAGAUCACAAAAUUGGAGAAAAAUUGUCUUUUACAACCUUCAAGUCAAACUGGGAAUGAUUCUCUUUCAUUUAAGGGUUUUCUGGGGCAGCGUCACAGCAGCAUGCGUUGCGAUUGUGUAUAAAUUGGUGGCAUUGGGCUUCGAGCGUACAAUGGGGCAUCCGCUCAUUGUUACCCUCGAGACAAAGGAAACUGACGUUGCAGACUUGGAAUUUCCAGGCUUUUCUGUUGCUCCGUACGGUGGCAUGAAAUCCAAUUUGAUUGCGUAAGAAUAAGUUGGAGCCUGAAUUUGCUGAAAAUAUAUUUUGCAGUUGUGAAAUCUAAAUCGUUGUCUCACAGGAACAUUUUCCACUACAACUUUAUGGGAUAUAUCAUUGACAAUGAAGAAUUCAUUGACUACGACGACAUUGACCAUGUUGCACUAAAUGGAUCUGCGCUUAUCGCUGAUCAAAUAUGCUCAUUUAAAACGACAUUUGCUGGGCAACAUGAAGUUCUAAAUUUUAAUAACGCACACACUUUCGUCAACAUCGACGGUACCUUGAUUGACAACGUGAAUAAUAGCGACAUGAGUUCUCGUAUCCUGCCGUUUGUAAAGAAAGUGAGUAUGCAGAAGGUAACACAGGGUGUUGAGUUUUAUGUAAAUUUACGUCGUUGCACAUGACUAGGGCGUAGUAGGGUGCUCAGAAAUAUUAGAGGCAUGCUCCAGUGGUGGAAAGAACUCUACGUGUAAAGGUAUGUUAAAAUCCUACGUCUCUGAGGUGGGGUCUACUUGCGUCUUUAACACGAUUCCAACUCAAUCGACUAGAAGAAAUGACACAAUUCAAUCUGCUCUUGGUGACGAAUACACUCGAAAAGAAAUCGAAAGAUGGGAAGGUAUGAGCUUGGAUCGUGAGAAGCCAGGCAUGGAUGCAAAAAAUGCUUCACCUGUUUGGAGGCAGAAGGUUCCUGGAAAAACUUCUGGUGUGGCGUUCAUCAUGAAACAAAACGAAGACUAUGCUUGUCCGCACACAGAGGGAACUGGAUUCACGUUAGGUAUCCCCACGGAUGAACCCGAUAUCCAACGGUUUGGCUACACCUUGGAAUAUGGACGCGAAAUUUCUGUCGCAAUCUUUCCUGACGUUCUCAAUGCAGAUGAAGAUGUUCGAGACAUUGCACCAGAACGCCGUGACUGUUACUUCAGCGACGACCAAGGCAAAGCGAAGUUGGACUACUAUAAAAAGUAUUCUAAGCAAAAUUGUCUUCGUGAAUGUGUAGCCAAAGAAGUAGCCCGUAUCUGCAAUUGUAGCGCCUUCUACCAUCCUGGCAACCCAGGCAGAUCACUGUGCAACACCACUGGAAUGGAAUGCGUCCGAGAUAAAGAAAAGGUUUUGUAUGACGAAGGAUUAAAACAGACUUGUCCAGAUUGCUGGCCAAACUGUCGCGAAAUUAAGUACACGGUAGUAAUUUCGUCCAUUCCCCUUGCUCCACAUCAUGUAGAGAAGUAUAAGAGUACAUCAGGAUUAAACUUUAACGAUACCGGCAAUUUCUCUAUUGUCUACGUUUACUGUGGAGUCGAUUCUGUCCGGGCAUCACGGAAUAGCUUGAGAUACGGAUGGUUCGAAAAAAUUGGCUUAAUUGGUGGAAUCGUCUCCAUGAUAACCGGCUUGAACUUACUGGACCUAAUCGAGCUUAUCAUAGUAAUUGUAGCUCUGAUCCUUGAGCUAAAACGCAAGAUUGACUGUAAUUCCUUCCUGUGUCAAAAUUCUGGAGGGAGCGUGAGUGUAUGGCCAGCAAGAAAUAUACCAGCGGUUGAGAACCCUGCCAGUAAUGACAUCGAAUUGAUCCCUGUGCGCCCAAGACGUGACUCAAUUCCCCCACAAGAAUUACCGGAAGUGUGUUAGUUCUUAUGAAAAUCGAAAAGCCGAAGCAUACAGAAUUAGACUGCAAAUGAUUCAUGAAAAUACUGAUUGCAAAUCAAUGUUGAUAAUUUACUGCUGAAAAGCUGAGUAGUUGCGUUUACAUACAUAUGUAAACUAAAAUAAUAGAUAUGUAUGUACAUGUGUACAAAGUAGUCGAUUCUAGUCAAAGUAGUAAAGUUUAUUAGAUUACUCAGAUUCAAGCGAAUGUUGAAAUACCUGCCUGCAUAAUCUAGUCCAUUACUAUUUAUAUAAACUUUUGUUGCUUCGAAUAUUGAUAAGUUAACAAAUCCCAGUCUAUUUAGUAGACCUAGACAAAUAAUCCCUAAUUUAGUAAUAGUGAAAGCACAAAUAUUACAAAUUGCGGUGUUAAAUAGGUGUCUUAUAUUUAAAUUUUAAAUAUCUAAGUUAGUGCCUUCAUCAAUUAAGCAAUUUAGUGCCUCAUACGCCGUAAAUGCCUUAUUCAAUUACAUACGAAGUAAAUCGAAUACAACUUUAUAUUUUGUCUGCUAUCUGUGAAACCUAUCGCUGGCUGACCCAAGAGAACAAUUACGGAAAUUUUUUAUGUACAUUUUUUUUGCUUUUUUCAAAUAUUGGUAAAUAUUAACAUUGACAAAACAUGCAGAUGCAUUAAUUUUCAUUGUCAAUCGAUCUAUAUAUUAAAAUUUCUGGUUUUUUUCUCGA